AUGGUCGGAUCAAGCCUCAUUCUGUCACUGCUCGGCUUUGGUGUCGUCCGUGCCUUGCCAGCUUCCAAGAAGGUAGAGGAGCGUCAGACCUUCGUAGGAGGUGGCUGGAGCGAUUUUCCCGGUGACGGCAAAGCCCCUCUAACCUGCUCCAUCAACAUCCCCAUCUCUCAACAAGCCCCCUGCAUCUUCUUCCCCAUUCCGGGUAUCAUCAGACCCGGCAAAGAAAAACGACAAGUUUUGGGACCUGGCUACAGCGACUUUCAUCCCGGUGAUGGUGACGAGAUCCCUAUCUGCGAGAUUUCUCUUCCCAUCAGCGAACAACCCCCGUGUAUGUUCUUCCCAAUUCCGGGAGAGAUUACGCCAGGAAAGCGAUCAUUCAGCCUCCCGGCGGAGUAUGCCACCAAUGCCAAGCAAUUGAUCCUUCAGCUUGAGAACCAGCUGGUGGCUCUCCAAAACAAGAACAACAAGACGUCUGAGGACAUCGCUGAUAUUCGCGCCAUCAAUACUGCCCUUAAGUACCUGGCGAAUAUCGAUCAGAUCUCCGCACCGCCUGGAUCUGAGACUGGCUUCACUCCCGGCAAGCGGUCAUUCUUCCUGCCUGGCGAUUACGCGACCGACACUAAGAAAGUUAUCCUACAACUCGAGAAGCAGUUGAUUUCCCUCCAGAACAAAAAGAACAAGACUGAUGAAGAUUUGGCCGAUAUCCAAGCCAUCAAGUCUGCACUCAAAUAUCUAUCCGGUAUUGACCAGAUCUCUGCACCCCCGGGAACUGAGACUGGUUUCGUCCCCGGAAAGCGUGAUGCGCCCUCUGUUGGCGCUUACGCUUCAGUCUGCCCGGGGCUGGAAGGUGCCGAGAUUGCUCUCGAGACUCUUUUGCACAAACCCAAGCCAACAGUGCAGGAGUACAUCAUUAUCCAGAAGUUGACCAGCUUCCUUGCCGGAUGUGGCAUCGCCAUCGUCAAAUCUCCCGAUGGCACAUGGACCGUCAUCAAGCCCUCCGACAAGAAGCGAGGUGUGGAUACCGAAGCCGUUGCCACUCCUCAGCCUGCCGCAGACUUUGACCUUGCCGGAUUGGAAAAGUCA